AUGAUAGUACUACCGGAGUCAUUAAGAUUUAUAAUUUCUACAUUAUCAUGGACUUUGAGAGCAGGUUGUUUAGCUCAUAUAAUACACGAAAACGUAUAUGAAUUUACAGAAACAAGAGGUGAAUCAAUGUUACCAACAGUUCAAAAUCAAAAUGAUUAUGUUCAUGCUUUUAAAAAAUAUAAAUAUGGUAGAGAUUUAGAAAUUGGGGAUUGUAUAGUAGCAAUGAAACCAAGUGAUCCAUCUCAUAGAAUAUGUAAAAGAAUUACAGGAAUGCCUGGAGAUAUAGUAUUAGUUGAUCCAUCUUCAUCAUCAGAAUUAACUAAUUCACCACAUGAUAUUAUACAAAAUGAUGGGUUUAAUAAGUUUAUACGAAUACCUGAGGGUCAUGUUUGGUGUACUGGAGAUAAUUUAUGUCAUUCUUUAGAUUCAAGAUCUUAUGGAGUUUUACCAAUGGGAUUAAUAACUGGUAAAAUAGUUGCUGCUAAUUCAAUGGGUGAUGGUUUACGUGGAUUUUUUAAUUUCAGAUGGAUUACAAAUACUUUUAAAGAUGAAUAA